AUGGCUUCGUACGAUUUGGUCUCGCCGUCGGCCAUCGACUUUCCUCCUGAGAGUGAGGAUGCCUUUUGGCACCUCUUUGACGGGAGCAGCCUCGCUCCCGACUGCUUCAAGUUUGACCCAUCUGGAGCCAACUCUCGUGCCGACGGUUCGGGCAUGAGCGACGCGUCGUCGACGGCGUCGUCCUUUUCAAGCAAGCCGCGGACGAUCGAGUCCUUCCUCGCCGCGUAUGCGACUCCCGCCCCCUCGACCGUCACUUCCAUCACGCCGCAGGUCACACCAACACUUCCCUCCGCCGCGACCUUUGCAGCCACGCCGUUCACCCCCGCACCGGCGUUCUUCACUACCUCUCCAGAGUCGGGUAAGGAGCCCCAGGGCGGGAGGCGCGAACUCAAGCGCCAGCGCAACACCGAGGCAAGUGCACGCUUCCGCCUCCGCAAGAAGCAGCGCGAGAACGAGCUCGAGAGCCAUGCCAAACACCUCGAAGACGAGGUCGUUGCCCUCCGCGCGGAAAAGUCCGCCCUCGAGCGUCAAGUCAAGGUUCUCCUCGAAGUACUGGGUAAUGUUGGGCGCGAGCGCCGCGCCGAGGACGAGGACGGUAUCGCAACAUCGCCUCCGCAGGGGCCGCAGUAA